AUGGCGGAAGACACAUCUCCGCAGACUAACGACAUCGACAUUGCCACGGCCACGGACGAAUCAAGUAGCGGUCAGUCUGACACGAACCAAGAUAAGGGAACAGUUAUCGGAGUAGAGGCCGAUAUUUCCCAGCCUAAUCGUGAGGAUGAAAAUGGAGCCGAGCUUGAGAAUGAGAAUGCCGAACCCGGCUAUGACGGAGAGGCUAUCAAUGGUACCCCCAGUAACGCUCCCAAUGACACCCCUACUUCCGAUGGUGACAAGGCUAGCGUCGCUAUCGACAUAAGAGCUCACCCAGAUGCCGAGUCCGAGACGAAGAAGAAGAAACGAAAGUCUAAGAACAAGAAACAUGGAGCAGCUGCCCGCAAGGGUGUUACCGGCUUCGAAGAAUUCUAUGCUGACGCUCCUAUAACCCCUGCCGAAGCAACCCAGGAGAAGAAUGAGAUCUAUAGCGAAUCACGACCGUUUUCCGAACGUAUCGAGCAAUGCCUUCAGCGCUACCGAGCCAGCCGCCGAUUGGACAGCGAACGCACUAUGCUGUUCAACAAGUACCUAUGGCUUGGUGGCAUUGAUGCAUCUCCACGCCAGUUCACCGGUUUUGCCGAAGAUCGUGAGGCUCUAGCUGAGGCAGAUGCGGAUUCUAUUCGCCAGAUGACUGCAACUGACUUCGUUGGUACUGGCGGUAGUCGAUUUUAUAACCCUGUCGAGCCUCAAGACUGGACUGUUGACUUCCAUGGCAUCGUCAGGGGAUUCCUAUCUCGAGUCGUUCCGAGCUUGUACCUGUACGACGAGACGGCGAACAAACUAGCCGCAAACCUUGUCAAGAACUUCCUCAAUUACAUCUUGAUGCACGACGUCUGUCCCGAGUAUAACGAUGACAUCGGACGCGCCAAAGCACUCUGCGAUUUUGCCCCUAUCGAGUUACGCAUGAUGCACGAGCUGCUUCAGGAAAUGCCAGGCAAUUUCAACACUAUUUGCAAAGAGCUCUUCUGCGAUGGGGAGGUGUACAAGUCCCAGGGAGAGAUUACGGGGGAACUCUAUGAUAAAGUAGUCUCAUUCCGCGUCACGGUCCUGACUUCAGCUCAAGGAUGGAUCCAGCAGCGCCUUAUGCGUUCAAGCGACCCUACUACUACUCAUGUGAUCAGCGAGACAGAAGAGACGUACAUCGUAUAUGCUAUACACAUUCCUCACCCGAGCGGCUACUCGAUUGUAGAAGAAGAACUUGAGGCUGCCGGUCACAAGGGCAAGGGUGUGCCGUGUGGCCUACUCCAGUUGAAGAAGUCCAUCAUCGACCACGGCUACAACAACAUACUUCGAUCCGGACAAUUCAAGAUCAGAAACCAGGGGUAUCAAGAGUUUCUCCUCGAGGAGAAAUUACUCAAAAAGCUGAGCAAGGACAUGAAGAUUCGGGCAAUUGUGUGUGAACUUGACAUCGGUCUUCGCUUCAUCAAGGAGAUCAAGGACAUCCGCGUCUCGUGGGAUCUUUUCCUCCCACAGAUGCUGAUGGAGGGUUGGAAGGACCCCGUCCCCAACGAGCGACCUCCUCCGUCAGUCUCUCAUCCCGAUGCCGAAGAGAAGGUCAUGGCCACCGAAUUCGCAGUGGAUGAACCAAAGUCGUGA